AUGACCCCUAGCACAGUCGUUAUUGAAAAUCAACAGCAAUUCGACCAUUUUUACUCUCAACUUGAAGAAUACAAAGAUACAACCUCACAAAUUGAAACGCUGGUCAUCGCAAAUGCAAAGGUGUCAAAUGAUCAGCUAGAAAAUCUACGUAAACACUUGAUCAAUCUUAAAGAUUUGAACUAUACUAUACCAGCUGUAGAACAUAGUGAUGACGAUGAAGAAGACUCUGACGAAGGUGCUUGCCGUUGUUGUAGAAAUGACAGAUACGAAUAG